AUGACGAACCGUUCGAAGAGCGUUACGAGCACCAAGGACGACGGCCGAAAAUGCAGGCUGUUCGUGGGAAACUUGCCGAAGGUGAAGACGGAAAAGGAGAUAUUCGACGAAGUAAGCCGCAUAACGCGCGGUCAUCUAGUGCGUGUGAUCACGUACAAGAACUUCGACGACCCGUCGAUGCAUCGGGGCUUCUGCUUCCUGGAUUACGGGUCGGUGGCCGCGGCUAAGGACGCCAAGCGGGCACUGUCGAAGCAAAAAGCGUUCGGGUGCAAGACAAUCGUGGACUGGGCGGACCCGGAACCACAAGUGGACGCGGACGUGAUGGCCACGGUGCGCAUACUGUUCGUCAAGCAGUACGGUGGCGUGCUGGACGAGCGCGUGCUAACCAUGGUGUUCGGUCGGUACGGGGUCGUGGAGCGCGUGAAGAACCUGAAGAACUACGCGUUCGUGCACUUUGAGCGACGCGAGGACGCGCAGUCGGCCAUGGACGCGCUGAACUGUUCCAGGGAUGUGUUUUCGGGUGUGCGCCUAGAGGUCGCGUGGGCCAAGCCGCCGGCAGACAAGCGAACGCGGCAGCGGAUGUUGCGUAACCGGGAACGCCGGGUACGGAAAUCCGCGGUUAGUCAACCGGUUCGCUACGCCCCGCGGCCACCGUGCCGCGCUCCCGGAGCCAAAAAACGCGUCGGCCUCGCCCCCGACUCCAGCGCCGCAGAGUACACCAAGUACGACCAUCGCACUUACGACUUUGGACCGCGGCAACCGUGCAUUCCCGUGGUCGAGGCCAGGUCCGACGAGCGUAACAGCGACAGCGUACGCCGGUGCCGCUUCAAUGUCGCGUACGCGGACUCGUGCAGAGCAGCCUGUCACGAUAAUGGUGAUCGGAAGAAGUGUUGCACGAGAAGGUUGGACCGUAAACCGUUGACAUUUUUUGACAGAAUUUCCACGAGCUGCGCAAAAAAUUAUUGA